CCAGCCCGUGCAGUCCCGGCUCGCGCACCACCGUCGCCUCUGCAGAGCGCGGCCGCAGCCUGGAGCCCGCAGCCUGGGGCCCGCAGCCCGCAGCCCGCAGCCCGCAGAGCCGCGCUGUCCGGGGCAUCCCAGUGCACGGCGUCCGUGGACCUGGGACCUCGAACCUGGGACGGGCGCAAAAUCCACUGGGAACACUUGCAUUUCUGAAAAAGGAAAUGAAACCAGAGACAGAGGGAAGCUGAGCGAAAAUAGACCUUCCCGAGAGAGGAGGAAGCCCGGGGAGAGACGCACGGUCCCCUCCCCGCCCCUAGGCCGCCGCCCCCUCUCUGCCCUCGGCGGCGAGCAGCGCGCCGCGACCCGGGCCGAAGGGAGCGCGGUGACUGUCCUUGAGCGCGGAGAGGCGAGCUCGCCGCCGGAGCGCCGGAGCAAGCGGAGGCGCAGGAACGGCGGCGACGGCGCCCGAGCACCCGAGGGGGUCCGAGCCCCGGCAGCCGGCCAGCCCCGCGCCACAAAGGGAGCGCCCCCGCCGCCCGGCACCCCGCCUCCCUCCCCAAUGUCCUCGGCCAUCGAAAGGAAGAGCCUGGACCCUUCAGAGGAACCAGUGGAUGAGGUGCUGCAGAUCCCCCCAUCCCUGCUGACAUGCGGCGGCUGCCAGCAGAACAUCGGGGACCGCUACUUCCUGAAGGCCAUCGACCGGUACUGGCACGAGGACUGCCUGAGCUGCGACCUCUGUGGCUGCCGGCUGGGCGAGGUGGGGCGGCGCCUCUACUACAAACUGGGCCGGAAGCUCUGCCGGAGAGACUAUCUCAGGCUUUUUGGGCAAGACGGUCUCUGCGCAUCCUGUGACAAGCGGAUUCGUGCCUAUGAGAUGACAAUGCGGGUGAAAGACAAAGUGUAUCACCUGGAAUGUUUCAAAUGCGCCGCCUGUCAGAAGCAUUUCUGUGUAGGUGACAGAUACCUCCUCAUCAACUCUGACAUAGUGUGCGAACAGGACAUCUACGAGUGGACUAAGAUCAAUGGGAUGAUAUAGGCCCGAGUCCCCGGGCAUCUUUGGGGAGGUGUUCACUGAAGACGCCGUCUCCAUGUUAUCUUCGUCUUCACUCUUAGGCACUUUGGGGGUUUGAGGGUGGGGUAAGGGAUUUCUUAGGGGAUGGUAGACCUUUAUUGGGUAUCAAGACAUAGCAUCCAAGUGGCAUAAUUCAGGGGCUGACACUUCAAGGUGACAGAAGGACCAGCCCUUGAGGGAGAACUUACGGCCACAGCCCAUCCAUAGUAACUGACAUGAUUAGCAGAAGAAAGGAACAUUUAGGGGCAAGCAGGCGCUGUGCUAUCAUGAUGGAAUUUCAUAUCUACAGAUAGAGAGUUGUUGUGUACAGACUUGUUGUGACUUUGACGCUUGCAAACUAGAGAUGUGCAAUUGAUUUCUUUUCUUCCUGGCUUUUUAACUCCUCUGUUUCAAUCACUGUCCUCCACACAAGGGAAGGACAGAAAGGAGAGUGGCCAUUCUUUUUUUCUUGGCCCCCUUCCCAAGGCCUUAAGCUUUGGACCCAAGGAAAACUGCAUGAACCACAACUUUUAACCAAACAAUUAUUUAAAGCAAUGCUGAUGAAUCACUGUUUUUAGACACCUUCAUUUUGAGGUGAGGAGUUCCACAGAUGGUUUCUAUACAAUAUAAAUCUUAAAAAAAAGUUGUUCAACUAUUUUAUUAUCCUAGAUUAUAUCAAAGUAUUUGUCGUGUGUAGAAAAAAAAACAGCUCUGCGGGCUUAAUAAAAAUGACAGACUGAAA